AUCCCUCUGGCAGGAAACUGAGGCUUUCACAUUUAAUGAAGCAUUUCUUUGAAGUCAUGCUAAGUGACUGUGUUGCGCAUCUGCACAGGGCAGACCAUCUCAACUUCCUUUUCUGAGAGCCUGAUGGGAGCACCAAGAGAGCUACAUACUUAGCAGAGCUUCAUCAAGUGAAGAUGGAAGAAAGGUGGCUCUUCUCUCUCUUUUGUUUCCUCUGGGUACCCAGCAUCACAGGCCAGUCUAGAGACGUCCUUACUGAAGCAGAAGUGGUCAGCGCUCUGCCAGGUACUGACGUGACCUUGGUGUGCCUCUUCCCAAAAUCACGCAUCACCCACAUAAUACAGACACAGUGGUCCAAGACUGAAGACAGCGGGUCUACCAAAAUAGCUGUUUAUCAUCCCAUUUAUGGCACUCAUUACUUCAAAUUUUCUGAGGCUUCUUACAAUUUUUCGGUGUCCUUCAGCACAAGGGAGUGCUGCAGCCAGGAUGGCACAGAACCUUUGUGUUCCACCAAUCCAAACGCCCUGUCUGAAUGCAAUCAGUGGGCUCUGCAUCUGAAAAACGUUACCAUCGCCCUUAGCGGGCAGUACAAGUGCAGUUUUGCUACUUACCCAUAUGGGACAAAGGCUGCAAAAAUUCAACUUAUUGUCAAGGCAGAAGAGGAGCAGCACUACCUGAAGAAAGUGUGGUUAAACCAGACUUUAGAAAUUCCAUGCCUUGAGGACACGACCUCAGAAGAUUUGUCCACUUAUCCUUUGAAAUGGCUAGUGGGUGACAACGACAGGAAAGAGGAACUUGUGACCAAGGAGCCCUCCUGUCCUGCCGUGUACAGGAACAGCAGCUCAGUGUACGGGCAAAGAGUCCGCCUGGGUCUGAAUAACACUCUAAAGAUUUUUCCCAUCAAAAUCACUGAUGAUGGCAGAGUCUUUUCCUGCCACGUGAUGUAUCACCCCGAGAGAGUCCAGAAGAGCAGCACCACUGUGAGAGUAUACG